CAGACAAAUACAGUGGAAGUUGGUUUUCAUGCUGGUGUUGCCUGGUACCUCGUGUCCAGACAGAUCAAAAAGAUAUUCAGCAAAUUCAUCAAGAAACAAGUAAUCUUCCACAUCAGAACAGGAAUCUCUCCAACAGAUUUCAGCUGCAUUAAUGAAUGGGGCAGGGGAACCAGUCAACAGAACAAUUCUCAAAGAAUACCAAGAUGAUAUUGAAAACAUGGAUACAAAUGAGGACAGGGCCUUCUGGAAAAAAGAAGAAUCCUUUCCACGGCUGGGAAUAAGACCCCCUGCUGGCAGAUCUCUGUGGCACAUUUGCAUUGUCCUGUCAGUGUCCGCGAUUCUGUUGUUUGCUCUCAUUAUCACUGUGGCUGUUAACAAUGUGAAAGUGGACAGGAAGUUCACAGCUCUGGAGAAAACAGUGGCCAACCUCAGUGUCUCAGUGACCUCCGUCCAUUCCAAAAUCCAGAUGGGCAAGGAAACUGGUGAAAAUAUCCACUUAGAGAUCAACAUGCUGAAAGAUUCAUUAAAAAUAGCGGAGCAGCAGCUUGUUACUCUCAACAGGGAAUUGAAGAGAAUGGAUGCACUGGCAACUCUGACAACUGAAAUUUCCCAGAUGAAGUGCACCCUGGAAAAAAUUAGAAGAAAUGUCACUGGUGCAGGUUGCUGUCCCGUCAACUGGCAGUUCUACGGCUCCAGCUGCUUCUUCUUCUCUGAAGAUGGAAUGUCUUGGGAUUCCGCCCGUGACUACUGUAGCAGCAAGAGUUCUUCACUGGUCAUCUUGAAGGAUGAGGAAAAAUGGAAUUGGGUAGCCCAGAGGACCAUGCCAAGAUACUACUGGAUUGGACUUACAGAUGAGAGGACGGGACAGUGGGAGUGGGUGGAUGGCACACCGUACUUCAUGAACAGGAGGCAGUGGAAACCUGGCCAACCAGAUGACUGGACACAGCAUGGUUUAGGGGGAGGUGAAGACUGUGCCCACCUGCAUAAUGAUGGAAAGCUCAAUGAUGACCACUGCACCCGUGGUUAUCGCUUUGUAUGUGAAUCCUCUGUGAUGGCACAACCUGCAGCAUGAACAAGGCCCUCGCAUUGAGGAAAAAUAAAACCUGAAAAACUCAGAUUGUUGUGAAUCUGUAGCCUCUGCUAAGCUAAGCAGAUGGUGUAUGAGGGGAAUAAAAGUAGGUUUUCUCUU